GCCGCACAUGACAAUUGGCAAGCGAUAUGCUCGUGUCUAUACCACGAACAAGGCAGUUGUUAUACCGGUACGCACAGAGGCGCUACUAGCCGUUGAUCUGAGCUGAGAUCUCAAGGUGGAAACUGCCAUGACGACGCUGAUAAUCUUGUUGUUUAUUACGCUAACUUUCACCACUCCUGCCUCGGUCAUUGCGACGUGGUGUAUGGACCUUCCUCGGGGAUGUCAAUGUGGCGCACGAGACGCUGUCACAUGUAGAGGCUAUUUCACACGUAUACCCACCAAUCUGCCUUCACAGAUACACGAACUAAUACUGCAGCAUAAUGAAAUCACAGAAAUCGGCUCAUCGGAUUUAGAACAAUUACGUCAACUGAAAGUACUUGAUCUGAGUAACAACCGAAUAAACAAGAUUGGACAGAAUGUGUUCUUAACGCUAGAAAACUUGGAAUCACUAAAUUUAGAAAGAAAUCAUAUUAAUUGGCUGGAUAGCAGGGCAUUUCGCGGCCUGCAGAGACUACGUCACCUUUACCUGGACCACAACAACAUAGGAAUACUUCCAAUGGGCCUAUUUGCUGAGAUGUCGUAUCUACAUGAACUGCGCUUGAAUAAUAAUGGUCUCCACGAUGUUCCCAAGCAUACAGCAGAUGAAUUAUCGAAAACAAUUGUCAAACUUGUGACACUAGACCAUAACCCAUUGCACUGUAGCUGUGAUUUGUUGCUGUUUUCUCAUUGGUUGAAACAAAGUACAGACGUCAUACUACUAAAACCAGACUCUGUUCGGUGUACGACGGACAACGAAAUCGACAAGUACAAAGUCGUAGACCUCGUGGAGGAUGAUGUGAUGUGUGCUCCAUCAUUAGCUCCAAAAAUAUUGGACAUUGAAACAAUAUCCUGUGACAGUGUUCGAAUAAGCUGGGACUAUCCAAUGUCUUACACUCGCAGCAAAGCGCAGACGAAGGCGUCGAUCUCGUUCGAUACAGUUAUCAAAAAAGGUCCACUUUUCAAUGUGAUGGUGAAAGUGACAGAUACACACGAAGCAUCGCGUAUGCCACACGUGUUUAUGGAAAGCGACGAGACCGCUGUUAUCAACGGAUUAGACGCAUCGAUUGAACAUCAGUUUACCGUACAAGCCAUGAACGAGGUUGGACGAGGACCAUUUAGUGAUGUCAGAAAAUACAGAAUUUCAAUUUUUAAAUCAGGGGAACAGGUGGUUUCUUGUCUUGAGGAACCCGAGGAAGAAACUGAUGUAGAUCAACCACCUCACAAAACACUGAUAGAUGAAACGAUUCGGGAAGAAAAGGAUAAGCGAAUGAUUAUCAUCACUGUAUCCUGCCUUACUGGAGCAGUCGUCGUGGCUAUUGUCCUUGCAGUAUUCUUUGUGAAAGUGUAUCAACCACGUAGGAAUGGUUUCGCUCCAUUUUCGUCAGUCAAAUUCAGUAAAUGUGAAAUGCCGCCUAUGACGUAUGACGACGAGGUGACGUCAUCGUCAGUCGAAAGUGUGGACAAGUAUAGGAACUAUACGACUACGAUGACUGAAGGGCUACCCACCGUGCGAAUUCUGACUGAGACUUCGAGAGACACUGUGCACUUCAUUCGUGAGAUAUACUGCGGCAGGUUCGGACGAAUCUACGAAGCGGUGGUCACCGAACUGCUUCCCACUGAAAAACAGACGGUAACCAUGGUGAAAGAACUACGAGAAAAUGCCACUGAGCAUGCGCGACAAUCGUUCGAUGGACAAGUCUCGACGUUGUGUGAGUUUGAACAUCCAAACGUACUGGAAAUGCUCGGAGUUGUCACAAUAGGUGAACCGCUGUCGAUUAUCUAUGAAUAUGCCGACUGUGGCGACCUGAAAGAGUUUUUGAACUGCAACUCUCCUUUCAACAAAACGAAGAGCGCCACCAACUCAUUGAUCCUUUCUCAAGACAAACUUGUCGAUGUGGCCACUCAAGUGGCCUGUGCCAUGUCGUAUCUGUCGGCCAGUGGGUUUGUCCACCGCGAUUUAGCGGCUCAUAAUUGCAUGGUGUCCAGUGACUUAACAGUGAAAGUUGCCGAUAUAGGAAUUUCCAAAGAACGAUAUCCAAUGCAUUACAUGAGGGUUGGUCGCAAACUAUUACCUGUACGGUGGAUGGCACCCGAAACACUGGAGAGUACUACGCACUUCAACGCAGAGACCGACGUCUGGUCAUACGGUGUAACGCUCUGGGAAAUAUUUUCAUACGGAACACUACCGUUCUCGUGCUUCACUGACGAUCAAGCCGUCUCGCACACACUCAGGGGUACCCUACUUCCAAUUUCUGACUGUCUACCAAAGAAGGUCCGUGACGUCAUGAUGGCUUGUUGGAGGAACAAUGCACACGAGAGGGCGUCUUUUAAUGAUAUCCACGGCAGCCUAUCAAGCUGCCGACUGUCAGACUGUGAGGGCGAAAUCCGUGUUUGACAAGAAGUACUGAAACCAGGCAGACAGUGAAGGAUAUGAUCGUUGGACUGUUAUAAACAAACGAUUUAUCAGCGCUUUUCAUAUAUACCUCAUUCGUAAUAAUAAGUGGAUUUUUUUGCAUGUUAUCAUAAUUCGACGUAACAUGUUCACAAAAGAAAUAUUUUUUCAGUUACAUUUUUAAAGGGGUACCGCUCAAGCCCAGGGAUUGCACCAAAGGAUCAUGGGACACUAUUCUUCAUGUUGUUUACAAUGUUAAUCUAUAUUUUGUUAUCCAUUGUUAUUUUAAUCCAGAAAGUAAAUUUGUUGUGAGAUUAGGCUUAACUGGAAGGUGCCCCUUUAAGUACGUCCGUAUGUAGACAGACAGUGUCCGUAUUUUUUUUGAGUAAAAUAUUAUGAAACAAGUUUAA